CUCUCUCUCUCUCUCUCUCUCUCCAUCUAUCUGACUUUCCUAAAAACAAUGGCAACGAUCAUAUCUUCCAUUCUCAUCUAAUCCAUUCUUCAACUCUCUUUUGAAUUUUGAAUUUUUUCCUUCUUCAACUUACAAACCCUAAACUCAUUUUCACCUCGAUCUCACUUCUUCUGCUGUUUUCUAGAGUGUUUUAUUGGUUGAGCUAUCGUAGUUUGAAGAAAUCCAGCUGUAUUUUGCAUUCUGGUGGUGAUUAUUCUACUACAUUAAGUGAAUUAUUGAUGUAUUUGUAGAAGAGAGUUAAUUUGAGAUCAAUUGAACUGUUGAAUUGGGAAUUUUGUCUAGAGAUCUGUUUUACGGGUGAAUUUGGUGUACUUAGAAGUGAAGGGUGGAAUUGGGGAGGUUUUGGAUCCGAUCAGGGGAGAAACAGCGCCAUUAGAUGGCGCUGUUCAGACGGUUCUUCUAUAGGAAGCCACCGGAUCGGCUUUUAGAGAUCUCUGAGCGGGUUUAUGUGUUUGAUUGCUGCUUCUCCACUGACGUGUUGGAUGAAGAUGAGUACAAGACAUAUAUGGGAGGGAUUGUAGCUCAGCUGCAGGACCACUAUGCAGAUGCUUCUUUCAUGGUUUUUAACUUUAGGGAAGGUGAUAGGAGGAGCCAAAUAUCUGACAUAUUGUCUCAGUAUGAUAUGACUGUGAUGGAUUAUCCUCGGCAAUAUGAAGGGUGUCCACUUCUGCCUCUGGAGAUGAUCCACCACUUCUUGCGCUCGAGUGAGAGUUGGCUUUCACUUGAGGGUCAGCAAAACGUCCUGUUAAUGCACUGUGAGAGGGGAGGCUGGCCUGUACUCGCUUUUAUGCUUGCUGGCCUUCUUUUGUACCGAAAACAGUACACUGGUGAACUUAAAACUCUUGAAAUGGUAUACAAGCAGGCCCCUAGGGAGCUGCUCCAUCUUUUGUCACCUCUGAAUCCACAGCCAUCUCAGCUUAGAUAUCUCCAGUACAUCUCCAGAAAAAAUUUUGGUUCAGAAUGGCUGCCAUCAGAUACACCUUUUGCCUUAGAUUGCAUCAUACUUAGUUUUCCUCCUCUAUUUGAUAGAGGGAGAGGCUGUCGACCUGUACUUCGCGUCUAUGGACAGGACCCUGCUUCAACAACUUCGAAUAGGAGCUCUAAGCUCCUCUUUUCAACUCUAAAGACAAAAAAACAUGCUCGCUUCUACCAACAGGAAGAGUGUUCAAUGGUGAAAAUUGACAUCCAUUGUCGUGUCCAAGGAGAUGUUGUUCUCGAGUGUGUCCAUUUGGAAGAUGACCUAGUAAGGGAAGAAAUGAUGUUCAGGGUCAUGUUCCACACCACAUUUAUUCGCUCAAAUGUUUUGAUGUUAAUGCGUGAUGAUGUUGAUGUCCUAUGGGAUGCAAAAGACCAAUUUCCUAGAGGGUUCAAAGCAGAGGUACACUUUUCGGAUCCUGAUGCUGUUCCAUCUGUUGUCACUGAAGAAGUGCCAAGUGAGGAUGAGAAUGGGACUGAAGGUGCUUCACCUGAGGAGUUUUUUGAAGUCGAAGAGAUAUUCAGCAAUGCCGCUGAUGGGCAGGAUGGAAGGGGGGAAUCUGGAGCCCACAUUGUCAAGGAAAGUUUGCUGGAUGAUGAUAGUAUUGAAAUGAUCUGGAAAGAGGAGGUGGAACAUCAUGCAUUUCAAGAUUGUGCAUCAGACGAAGUAAAUCACAAGCAAGAAGGAAAGAUUGAUUCUAAUCGCUCUGCAUCAGAAAAAAAUAUUUUAGGAGAUAGAGACAACUCUAUACCCUCCAAGGUUGUAGUUUCCAAUGGUACUAGCAACAUGGAAUCAGAACAGGUAAUAUCUGGGGAUUGUGUUGCAUCAGAAAAUGGGGAGCUAAAGCAAGAUAAAGAAGACACUCUGAGACAGAAGAAGUUAGAGAGGGAAGGUUCGCAACAGAAGGUGAGUGCUGAUACUAAUAAACAAAAAAGUGACAAGACAGCCUCAUCUCUAAAGAAACAAUUGUUCUCCAACACUAAACCUGCCACUGAUGGCGUAGGUCCGAAAAAUAAAUCUAAACAGCAGGAAAUCCAAGGCACUGUUUUACGACCGGCAAAGCCUAAUGCAGUGUCCCGGUGGAUCCCUCCCAACAAAGGUUCUUACACUAGUUCAAUGCAUGUAUCGUAUCCACCAUCAAGGUAUAACAGUGCUCCUCCUGUGCUUGCUCUCACCAAGGAUUUUCAAUCUGGGGUUAAAUCAAAGUCACCAUCUCCUCAAGCUUCUUCAGAAGCUAUAGCUUCUGCUGAAGCAGGUCGUGUUUCAGGGAAAGACUCUUCAUGUUCUGCAUCGGGUAUGUCAAUGGUUGAGGGAUCUGUUGCUACAAUGUCUGCCCCAGAAUCAGUUGAAAGCCACGCCCUUCAGCUUCAUCCAUCUCCUCCGAGUCCGCUUCUUUCGCCAUCUCCAAUCACUUCAUCUCAUGAAACUUCUGAUACUGAGGUAGCAGGAACUAAUUCACCAUCAGCGACUUCAGCUUUGUCUUCACAGGGGAGCAAUAUUACGACAUUUUCUUUGACUCAGACGAACCCUUAUUCUUCACCUGCUCUGGCCGCACCUUCCCAGCCACCUUUGUGCAGGCCAUCCCUGUCACUUUCAAGUAACAUCCGGUCAUUUUCACCUCCUCCACCUCCCCCACCCCCUCCGCCUCCACCAUUAACUAGCUCGAGGAUGACUUCACUGGGUGCCUUUUCUCCUCCCCCACCACCACCACCUCCACCUCUGCCCUCAUCAUCCAGUGUAAUAAAUGUUGGUAGGGUCCCUCCACCACCCCUUUGGAUGGGGUAUGGGACUACCUCAGAAGUAGUAUCUAGUUCAUCACCACCUCCACCUCCACCUCCACCUCCUCCACCACCUCCUCCUCCUACACCUCCUACUCUUUCCCCACGAAUCCUACAUACCUCGCAAGUUGCUCCACCUCCACCGCCCCCACCACCACCACCUCCUUCAACCUACGUUCCCCCUCCUUUAUACAACACUCAAUCUGCACCAUCUCCACCACCUCCCCCUCCUUUUUCUAGAGCGCCAACUCCACCACCUCCCCCUCCCCCUCCUUUUUCUAGAGCGCCAACUCCGCCACCUCCCCCUCCCCCUCCUUUUUCUAGAGCGCCAACUCCGCCACCUCCCCCUCCCCCUCCUUUUUCUAGAGCGCCAACUCCGCCACCUCCCCCUCCCCCUCCUUUUUCUAGAGCGCCAACUCCACCACCACCACCUCCAUUGCCUGGAGCUCCACCUCCUCCUAUGCGGGGGCCUCCACCGCCUCCUCCUCCUCCUAUAUACACAUCCAAUUUACCAAGAUUGGCUAGCUUUGGGGGUUCCACAUCGCUGCCACCUCCUCCCCCUCCUCCUCCUAUGCGUACUGGCUAUUCUCUUCCUCCCCCGCCUCCUCCACCACCUCCACCAAUACGUGGAGCUCCACUGCCUCCUCCCCCUCCUCCUCCUAUGCGUACUGGCUAUUCUCUUCCUCCCCCGCCUCCUCCACCACCUCCUCCUCCUCCUAUAUACACAUCCAAUUUACCAGGAUUGGCUAGCUUUGGGGGUUCCCCAUCGCUGCCACCUCCUCCCCCUCCUCCUCCUAUGCGUACUGGCUAUUCUCUUCCUCCCCCGCCUCCUCCACCACCUCCUCCUCCUACACCUCCUACUCUUUCCCCACGAAUCCUACAUACCUCCCAAGUUGCUCCACCUCCACCGCCCCCACCACCACCACCACCUCCAUUGCCUGGAGCUCCACCUCCUCCUAUAUACACAUCCAAUUUACCAGGAUUGGCUAGCUUUGGGGGUUCCACAUCGCUGCCACCUCCUCCCCCUCCUCCCCCUCCCCCCCCUCCUCCUCCUAUGCGUACUGGCUAUUCUCUUCCUCCCCCGCCUCCUCCACCACCUCCACCAAUACGUGGAGCUCCACCGCCUCCUCCUCCUCCUGGAGGUCGUGCACCUGGUCCACCUCCCCCACCCCCUCCUGGAGGGCGUGCACCUGGUCCACCUCCUCCACCACCUCCUCCUCCUACACCUCCUACUCUUUCCCCACGAAUCCUACAUACCUCCCAAGUUGCUCCACCUCCACCGCCCCCACCCCCUCCUGGAGGGCGUGCACCAGGUCCACCUCCCCCACCCCCUCCUGGAGGGCGUGCACCAGGUCCACCUCCCCCACCUCCUCCGGGAGGACGCGCACCUGGUCCACCUCCCCCACCCCCUCCUGGAGGGCGUGCACCAGGUCCACCUCCCCCACCUCCUCCGGGAGGACGCGCACCUGGUCCACCUCCUCCACCACCUCCACCAAUACGUGGAGCUCCACCGCCUCCUCCUCCUCCUGGAGGUCGUGCACCUGGUCCACCUCCCCCACCCCCUCCGGGAGGACGCGCACCUGGUCCACCUCCUCCACCGGGAGCUCCAAGACCUCCAGGUGGUGGACCUCCCCCACCACCACCGUUUGGUUCUAAAGGACCUGCAGUUGGCAGAGGCCUUCCUGCUGGGAGAGGGCAGGGAUUUUCACGCGCAGCUGGUGGUGUAGCCCCACGAAGAUCUAACUUAAAGCCGUUGCAUUGGAGCAAGGUAACUAGGGCACUUCAAGGAAGCUUAUGGGAUGAACUACAAAGAAAUGGAGAGACUCAAUUGUCACCAGAAUUUGAUUUUUCAGAACUUGAGACUCUUUUCUCUGCUAUAGUCCCCAAGUCAGAUAAUGCGGGUAAAUCUGGAGGGAGAAGGAAGUCUGUUGGGUCUAAACCUGACAGGGUUCACCUGGUUGACUUGAGGAGGGCAAAUAAUACUGAAAUUAUGCUCACAAAGGUGAAAAUGCCACUGCCUGACAUGAUGGCCGCUGCCCUUGCAAUGGAUGAGUCAAUUUUAGAUGCUGAUCAGGUGGAGAAUCUUAUCAAGUUUUGUCCUACCAAAGAUGAGAUGGAACUUCUCAAGAAUUACACUGGCGACAUGGAUCUUCUGGGGAAGUGUGAACAGUUUUUUCUGGAGCUCAUGAAGGUGCCCCGAGUAGAGUCAAAACUAAGAGUUUUUCUCUUCAAGAUCCAGUUCAACUCUCAGGUCACGGACUUCAAAAAAAGCUUGAACACAGUGAACUCUGCUUGUGAAGAGGUCCGACAUUCUCUUAAAUUGAAGGAAAUAUUGAAGAAAAUAUUGUAUCUAGGGAAUGCAUUGAACCAGGGAACUGCCAGAGGUUCUGCCAUUGGAUUUAAGUUGGACAGUCUUUUGAAGCUCACUGAUACUCGUGCUACUAACAACAAGAUGACACUCAUGCAUUAUCUUUGUAAGGUUCUUGCUUCCAAGUCACCAUCACUUUUAGACUUUCACGUAGAUCUUGUAAGCCUGGAAGCUGCGUCAAAGAUACAAUUGAAGUCUUUGGCUGAAGAAAUGCAAGCAAUCAUCAAGGGUUUGGAAAAAGUUAAAAAAGAACUGGAGGCUUCGGAGACUGAUGGCCCUGUGUCUGAAAUUUUUCGCAAGACCUUAAAGGAAUUCGUUGGUGUGGCUGAAGCACAGGUUGACUCUGUCAAGGAUUUAUAUUCUGUUGCGGGCAGAAAUGCAGAUGCACUUGCACUAUAUUUCGGUGAGGAUCCUGCUCGUUGUCCAUUUGAGCAAGUCACGGCAACCCUCUUAAAUUUUGUGAGGCUGUUCCGCAAAGCCCACGAAGAGAACUUGAAGCAGGCUGAAUUAGAAAGGAAGAAAGUUCAGAAGGAGGAAAUGGAGAACGCCAAAGGAGUUAAUCUCAAUAAGAAGGGUUUCAAGUGAAUUGGGAAUGAUUUCAUUGUUUCAGGGAAUAGGUGUCGAACGAUCUGUCUGUUGGUUGACCAUGUUAACUGAAGAUAUCUACCGAAGACAGACCAGAAGGCUCCUAAUGUAAGUGCUUUGGCAUUCUUUGGAUUCAAGAAAGAAUGUUGAGGCUUGUAAACCAGAGUGCAGUGAAUGCUUUGCAGAUAGGAAGCUGAACCGGACACAUCAUUGUCGGGGCUCUUGGAUGAUGCAAGCAACUGUCGCUCCAUAAAUUGAUCGCCUUGAAUUUUUGUUAUUGCCAGGUGAUCAUGAAUGCUAUCCAAACUUGGAGAAACUUGCUACAUGAUUAAACAGAUGCUGCAAUCAAGAGCGCGGAUAUGGAUAGAGCCAACAUGCUGGACUCGGUGUUGCCACAAUGUCCAGUGUUUACCAAUGACCGCCCUUACGCCAUGCCAACUGUAAAUUAGAAGUGUAACAUCAGUUUGUAUAAAGCCUAACCAGUAUAUCUAGAUUCAAAGUUAAUUCUUUUCAUUGUAACAUAGAAAAAAGGGGUUUCCUAUUGUGUCAGUUUUGAUGGGAACCUGCCACGAAAUUGAUUGUACAGAAAGCAGUAUAGGAGAGGAUAUAGAUAGAUUCUAUUAACAAAUAGUAUUGUAUCAAUAUGUAGGUUUUAGGAUUAGUUCCCCUUUCCUAAAUACAAAUUUUGGAAAAUAUUCUGAUAUCUUCAUUUUUUUAGUAACACAAGCCUUCUUGACAAUUA